AUGGCCGCGGACUACAGGCGGGUUUCUUUUCUCCUCUUCAUUUCUUUUAUUAUUGUGUGGGGUUUGAUAGUUCUGCCCACGAGUGCCGACCAGGAAACGUGUCUGAAGGAUGGUACCUGCAAAACGGAAACCCAAGCCACAGAAGAAAAGUCUAAAUACAAAAAAGGAAAUAAAUGGGAAAAAUACUUGAAGUUAAUAAGAGAAGCCAAUAAGAAACAUAAAAAAUGUCACCAAGCCAAUUGUACUUGCCAUGAAGGGGUCAUUGACAGUGACCUUUGGGUUUGGGAGAAAGAGAAGAAGGUUAUUAACCGUGAACAGAUUGCAGAAGCAAGAAAAAAGGGUGUCUACUACCAAAUCGUCUCUCAUAAAUUGUACCGAGACAGUAGUUGUAUGUUUCCAGCAAGAUGCAAUGGUGUUGAACAUUUUCUACUCAAGAUCAUCAAAGACCUUCCAGACAUGGAAUUUGUGAUAAACAUUCAAGAUUACCCAAAAGUUCCAAAAUUCUUUGACCCACUUCCCAUAUUUUCAUUUAGCAAAAAGGUAUUUUCUAAAAUCCUUUUUCCUUUUUUAUUUUUAUUUUACCCAUGUAAAACAAAUGUGUGA